AUGAAACAGUUCAAGAACAAGUACCUUGCUUUGAAAAAGGAGUGGCGGGCUUGGAAUAAGUUGAUGGACAGCAGUAAGGGUGUAACUGGCAUUAGGUUUGACAGGGCAACCAGGUUGUUCACCGCGUCAGAGGAGUGGUGGGAAAAUUUGAAAUCGACAAACAAGCUAGCGUACAAAUUCAAGACCAAGCCAUUGGAGCAUGAAGAUUUGAUGCGGGAAGUUUUCACAAGUGCAACCGCGACUGGGAAACAUCAUUGGACCCCCGACGAGCAAGUUGCGGACAUUGCGGACGGUGAAUCCAAUGUAGUUGACUCCUCUGGGUUAUAG